UAAAUAAAUAAAUAAAUCAUUUUAAAACAAUUAUAUGAAAGUAACUUACUGAAUAAACACUUAUUUCAUUCUCAGACACAGUUUCGUACUAAAAUAUGAAUAAAGAGGAAGGUAUUGUGUUUUUAUUUGAUAUAGUAAAAACCGUUAAAUUCUUUUAUGAAAAUCCAGUAAUUCUUUUCACGAAGAAAGACUUUUCCGAUGUUGUGUUCAAUACACUCUGCGAAAUAAGAAAAGCAUUGUUAGAAAAUGCAUCGCUCAAUGAAGUAUCAGAUAUUAUAGUAGAGAGUCAUAUUCAAUGGCUCCAUGCUGUAAAAGAUAUUGAGAAUGUAAAGAAUAAUGAAAAUCUAAAAAGAGAUGAUGUAUAUACUGCCAUAGAAUAUACUUUAAAUGCUUUAUGUUCUCGUUUAAAAUAUUUACAAAGAUAUGUAGAUAAAUAUCGCCCAUACCUUUCAAACGAACAGCAAGAAGACAUGAGGAUCGAGCUGGAAAUAAUUCACAAUAUGCAUGAUGAUGCUGUAAUAUGCCUUUCUGAAAAACUUAAAUGUUUUAAAAGCUUUAUAGGUGACGUUGAAUUUGAAUGGAAGACAAUAGAUCAAAUAAAUCAGUUACUAGAAUGGUUGGAUGAAAUAAAUGAUGCAUCUUCUAUGGUAACUACUAAGUACUUCACAUCGUAUCUCCCUAAUUUGAAUGAAAACUUGACAAAGACUCUACAGCGAGUAGUAGAGGAUUUUAUUAAAAAAGACUCGCCUUCUUCUCAUGACAUGCUAAAAGACCUUAAUCGGUAUCGAAAGCAACUCGGCUCAUUAGUUCGGUACGUAGCAGAACAUAGUCGAGAAAUGUACAAAAUAACGGCACUCAUUAAAACUGUUGAAAAACAACUUAGUGAAUUUGGUGAUGAAACUCCCAAGCAUUCCCCUGUUUUAAAACAAGUUUUACACAAAAAGAAAUAUUUAGAGGAACGUUUGGAACAUUUAGAAAAGAUAAAAACUACUAUCGAAGACCUGCACAGUAUCCAGAAAAUUCCCAGUUUUGAAGGAAUACUUGAUAAAAGAGAUUUGUGUAUGUGUGAAGAUUUUUACCAGUUAAGAAUUUUUAACCAUUCACUACCGCCCGUUGAAAGGCAACGACUUGUAACUGAAUUAUGUCAUUUGUGGAAUGUUGCACUGUAUGGAGUAAAGAAAAAUAAGUCAUUUAUUUCCAUAUUUAAUGAGGCUGAUGCUAAUCAAGAGUUUGAAGAUGAACUUGGUAGAUUUUAUGUAGAUGCCCACAGUAGAAAAAUUUAUGUAAUUCCCGAUCUAGACGAAAAAUUUCAACAAAAUGAAAAUAAUGAAUUGGUUCCUUUAAGUGACGAUGCAAAUCAUGUUUAUUUUUAUGAUUCAUGUGGAAGAUAUUACAUUGAUGAACUAUCUAGACGUAGGAUCUACAAAGCUCUUGAAACAGAAAGUGAAUAUAUGAUGAAUACAAACGGUGAAUUGUCAAAAGUUAAAGAAGUUAGGGAUGGAACAAUGUUUUAUUUUGAUACAUUGGGACGCUACUAUAUCAAUGAUGAAGGUCAACAUAUUUAUCGUGAUGAAGAUUCACUAACAGAAUAUGAAUGUGAUGAUUUUGGAAACUUAGUGCGUAUAUGUAGUAGACCAAAUUUUUUAAAUGUAUGUCCAGAAGAAAUAAAUGCCACCAAAGAAUCCAAAUAUCUACAGGAAACUGUUGGAAAAGCGUUGAGUACUUGUAUAACAGAUGUUAUUCUGCAUCAACCAGAAGAUCCAAUCAAAUAUUUAGCUGAAGCUCUAUUUAAAUAUAGAGAAAACAUUGAGCGUAAAGAAAUUUGUGGAAGAGAAAAAGAAGCGCUUAUGGUAGAAAGAGAAAUCAGGGCAGCUGAAGAUCGAGCUGAGGCUGAAAGAAAGGCUUUAGAACUUGCCAUGACUGAUCAUGAAGGAAGUGAAGCCACUGACCUUGAUUCAAAUAUGCUACGUUACAAAACAAUGGAGAGUACUGUUAUAGGAUCGCCAAUCACUGAUACUUAAUUAUAGUGAUUAGUGAUCAGAUCACACAUUAACUAAUACUAUUUAAUUCGGAAUUUAUAUAUAUUAACCUUAAAUAAGGUGGUAUCUACUCAAUGUUAGAGUUUAUUAUUUUAUUAUUAGUUAUCUAGAUACCUAGUUAUUAAAUAACACUUUUGUUUUCUCAUUCAAUAGUAUAAUAAUUUUAUUAAAUAUUCUGUUUUGUACAUUCCUAAUUAAAUAAUAAUAAAAGGUACCUAAUUUC